AUGCAGAUCUUCGUCAAGACCCUUGCGGGCAAGACGAUCACCGUCAAGGUCGAUCCAGGGGACAGCAUCUACGUUGUCAAGGCGAAGAUUCGGGAUCAGCAGCGCCUUAUGUUUGGCAGGGAGGAGCUGAAGGAUGGAUUAACUCUGGCUGAUUACAACAUUGAGGAUGAAUGCACCCUUCACUUUGACCUGCGUGUCAAGGCUAAGAUCCAGGUUGAGGACGGCAUUCCUGUGGGCCAGCAGAGGCUCAUCUUUGCCGGGAAACAGAUGGAAGACUUUCGCACCCUGGGGGAGUAUGGCGUCAAGCAGCAGGACAAGAUUCACCUCGUGCUCUGCCUCCAUGCCUGACUAGCGAGUGCUACCAAGACAUUCUUCCCAGUAUGCUUCGGAUCCUUUCUGUUUUGCAAAUUGUC